CCUUUGUCCAUUCCAAACUGCGAUCAUGUCGGCGCUACCUCUUGCAUUCCAAAAGGAAAUCGUGGCAGAACUUGUUGCGGAGGAUGCUUUGCUUAUUAUGGCCAAGGGACUGGGUCUCAAAAGCAUCCUCGGCGCAUUCCUCCAGAUAUAUUCACAACCACAAAACCUCGUUCUUCUUAUCAACACUAAUACUGAAGAACAAGCUACCCUUAGGGACGACCUUCUGCGCUCUACCAGCCUCGGACAGGGUGGAGUAUACUUCCGAAGUAUUAACAGCGAACAGAGUCUCGCAGACCGCAGCGAAUUAUAUCGCUAUGGAGGCGUGAUGGCCAUUACGUCUCGCAUCCUUGUCAUGGACCUGUUGACAGGCCGAAUCCCAGUGCAUUUGGUGACAGGUAUACUCGUUGCCAAUGCCCAUAGGGUGACAGCCACGUCCACGGAGGCGUUCAUUCUCCGGCUCUUUCGACAGGACAAUUCAGAAGGAUUCGUCAAGGCGUUCAGUGAUCAGCCAGAGACGUUUUCGAUGGGCUUCGCAACCUUGGAAAAGACAUUGAAAUUACUCUACCUUCGAAAAGUGAACCUGUGGCCAAGAUUUCAUGUUACGGUGACAGAGAGUUUGGAGUCGCAUGCAGCAGACGUAGUCGAAAUCAGACAGCCGAUGACAAAGGCUAUGAAGACGAUCCAGGCAGCUAUCAUUGAGUGUAUGGAUGUCUGCCUACAAGAGCUACGUCGGUCUAGUUCAGCAAUCGAGAUCGACAUUGACGACUUCACGGUGGAAAAGGCAAUGUUCAAAUCUUUUGAUGUCAUUAUUAGGAGACAGCUGGAUCCUAUUUGGCACCGUGUCAGUUCGAAGACAAAGCAACUCGUGGGGGAUCUGAAAAUCCUGCGCAAUCUUUUGGCGUACUUAGUAUCGUACGACAGCGUGAACUUCAAUCUUUAUCUCGAGACGAUAUUGGCGUCCCAUAAUCCAUCUUCGAGCAGCUACUGGCUCUUAACUGACCCUGCGGACAAGAUUUACUCUACGGCGAAAUCCCGGGUAUUCCUUCACCAGGCAGGAUACAAAGACCCUGACGAUCCAAAUAUGCUCCCGAAUAUGAGACCGAUUCUGGAGGAACUGCCCAAGUGGAAUGUACUAUCCGACAUUAUGGAUGAAGUGGAGCUGGAAAUGCAUCAUGCUCCGCAGCCAGAAGGGUCGGAUACUGUUCUCAUUAUGGCACAGGAUCAGAGGACAUGUACACAGCUGAGGCGAUACCUAUCGACGCCAAAGACAGCCACCUCAACAAGGGGGAAACCACUGAUGAGAGAUUUGUUACAUGGAUACCUUCGCUGGAAAUCCAACAUGAAGCAUUUCAAGGAUAACGUCGUCAACAAAAAGCCCGCUACACCUGCAACAUCCUCAUCGACCGUGAACCAUGUCUCUUCAUCAAUCCGCCGCCCACCACCGACUAAGCGUCGACGCGUCCGAGGCGGCGGCAAUAUGAUGGCACCUGUAGCAAAGCACUCGGCCACCUCAUUUGAAAAGGAAGCGGAAGUUAUUGCGACAUUUAUCCAGGCUACCCAAGAACACCCAGUGUCGAAUGCGUACGUGUAUGACCAUGACCUCGAGGAGAUGGACGAUUUCACAGACUAUUUUGGUCUUGUCGAAGCCAACAGUUUGGUUGUCGUGCAUAGCUACGCUGGCGAGUCCGACUCGAGAUUGCUGGAGAGCAUUAAACCACGGUUUAUUAUCAUGUACGACCCGGAUGCGACAUUUGUACGAUGCGUCGAGGUGUACAAGGCGUGCAAUCCUGGGAAGCAGGUUCGCGUCUAUUUCACGGUGUAUGACAACUCUGUUGAGGAGCAACUCUACCUGAGCGCACUCCGUAGAGAAAAGGACGCGUUUACAAAAUUGAUCCGUGACAAAUCGAUGAUGGUGUUACCGAUAGGAGACAUCCAGGCGAAGCAGGUGCAGGAUCAGUCGCUGCUCAGGAAUAUCCAUACCCGAAUUGCCGGAGGCGGAAAAGCGGGCGAAGAUCGUCCACUACCCAGGAUCGUCGUGGACUCGCGAGAAUUCAGGAGUUCUUUGCCCUCGAUUCUCCACUCUCAGGGAAUGCUGCUUGAGCCAUGCACAAUCACCGUUGGCGACUAUGUUCUGUCCCCCAAUAUUUGUGUCGAGAGAAAGAGUAUCUCGGAUUUGAUCAGUUCCUUUGCCUCUGGAAGAUUAUAUACCCAAGUGGAAGCAAUGACAGUUCAUUACAGUCAACCGGUGCUUUUAAUCGAAUUUGAUGAGGACAAAUCGUUUUCAUUACAGGACAAGUCAGAAAUCAGAACAGAUAUUUCAAUCACAGAGCUGUCUUCAAAGCUAGUUUUGUUGACCAUCGCAUUUCCAACGCUGAGAUUGAUUUGGUCCUCUUCAGUCUAUGCGACGGUAGAGAUAUUCGAGGAUUUGAAGAGAUCAGAGGAUGAACCGGAUGUACUGAAAGCACAAGCGGUGGGCGUUGAUUCAGAGCAAGAGAUCGAGAGCGCGUUCAAUCUGACACCGCAAGAUAUUCUUCGUAGUUUGCCUGGGAUCACAUCCAAGAACUACAAGCAUGUUAUGAACAACGUAGAAAGUAUCCGGGAACUUGCUGAGAUGGACAUUGCCAAGCUUGAUUCCCUCAUCGGUGAGGGUCCCGCACAAACCCUUUGGAAUUUUUUGAACAGGGACUCAAGGCUAGACAUGAUGUGAAAUAAAUAGACACAUGUGAAUGGUCA